CAAUUCAUUCUUCCAUCACGCCACGAUCGCGACGCGGCGAACUGCUUUGAGCAGCCCAACUACAACCAUGGGCGUACCCACGACAGUCCUGCCCUGUUGGACUCGCGAGCAAGUCGCUGCUCGCAUCAUAGCAGGCGACAAUAUCUUCAUUCUUCACGACAAGCUCAUUCGCGUUCCAAACUCAUGGCUCUCUGCGCACCCUGGUGGUUCUCUCUCCAUCCAUCACUUCACAGGCCGUGACGCGACGGACGAGGUCGAGGCGUUUCACUCAGAUCCCACCCUUAAACGCAUGUUGGGUUACGCUAUUGGUACGGUUAGCCUUGGUGAAGAAGGCUGGGUCCCCUUGCUCCCACCUGCCCAUGCAGGCUGGAUUCGAAAAAUCGGCGACGACGGCCAGCUUCACUGGCACAAGGAGUCCACAGAGCUCUAUUCGGACGAACCCUCGGAGGAGUCUCCUUCAUCCCAGAUUCUCCUUCUUGCCAAGGCUGACAAUCCAUCUACCUGCCCGUCUGCGCUUACUCUCGAACCAGCCCCGACAACUCUGUCACUAAAGCAGCAGUCCCAGCACUCUGCCGCCUACAAGCAGCUUCACAAACGCAUCGCCGAUGCCGGGCUCUACAACUGUCGCUACAUCACCGGAUAUGGCCCCGAGAUUGUCCGCUACGUGAUCAUGGCCAUUGGAGCCUAUGUCUUCUACCAGAAACAAUGGUUCUUGACCAGUGCCUUCUGCCUCGGUGCACUCUGGCAUCAGCUCGUGUUUACCGUGCAUGAUCUCGGUCACCUCGGUGUCACUCACGACUGGACUACGGAUCGUGCCAUCGCCAUAUUCAUUGCCAACUGGAUGGGAGGGCUGAGCGUCGGCUGGUGGGUCGCUAACCACAACGUUCACCAUGUCGUCACCAAUCAUCCUUCACAUGACCCCGACAUCCAACAUCUCCCCUUCUUCGCCAUCUCCCCCGCCUUCUUCAACUCUCUCUGGUCCACCUACUACAAACGCGAACUGACAUUCGACCUCCCCGCGCGCUACCUCAUCGCCGUCCAACACCGGCUCUUCUACAUCAUCAUGUCCCUCGCGCGCUUCAACCUCUAUCGCCUUUCCUACGAGCAUCUCUGGAAGACGAGGAACGAUCCUAGGAAGGCGAAGGGAGGGAGAUGGUAUUGGUGGGGUGAGAUUAUCGGCUUGGUCGUUUGGGCGUUUUGGUAUGGAAGGGUCUUAUUGGGAUGUGGAACGUGGGGGAAAACAUUGGGAUAUCUCAUGAUCAGUAACAUGGUGCCCAGUCCUCUACACGUCCAAAUCGUGCUCUCCCAUUUCUCCCGCUCAACCGCCGACCUCGGCCCCACCGAAUCCUUCGUCCACCGCCAACUCCGCACCACAACCGACGUCAUCUGUCACCCCUCUCUCGCCUUCCUGCACGGCGGACUGCACCUCCAAGUCACGCACCACCUCUUCCCGCGUCUCCCGCGGCACAACCUCCUCGACGCGUCGUAUUUGGUUAAGGAGUUCUGCAAGGAGCAGGGGCUGGAGUACGCCGAGUUUGGGUUUUGGGAGGGGAAUGGGGAGGUUAGGGGGACGUUGAAGAGCGUUGCGGAUCAGUUGAAGAUCGUGAAGAUGGUGGCGGAUAGGGAGAUUGAGCAUGCGAUGGGGAGGAAGAGGGAUUGAGAGUUAGAAGUGGGGUGAAGGUGAGGUUGGCGGAGAUAGAUAGUGGCUGAAGCGAGUAAGUGUAGGUUGCGAGCUCCGGUUCUCGUGCAUAGAAUGCAUAGAAUCGCCUACUAGACGGUCGAUCGAACUAGAAUGGAGACUACCUCUACUCUCUGAACUAGCGACAAAUAAAAACCGGC